UUCGCGCACAGAGCAUGAGCUUGAGAAUGCUGGUCAUAUGAUAUGUUCAUCCAAUCAGAAGCAUGAAAUAGCUUUGUAACCGUAGGUUUCAAAUCUUAUCGUUAGCAGCAAGGCAAACCUGUGUUAAAGUGGCAGUCGUUACUUCUUAUUUUAUCACAAGCUAGCUUUUGUUGAACCUCACCACUGGUAGCGUUUAAUUGAUAACAUGGCCCACAAACAAAUCUACUACUCAGACAAAUAUAACGACGAGCAUUAUGAGUACAGACACGUUGUGUUGCCUAGGGAGCUAGCCAAACAAGUACCGAAAUCACACCUGAUGACCGAGGAUGAGUGGAGAAGACUUGGUGUGCAACAAUCACUUGGAUGGGUACACUACAUGAUACAUGAGCCUGAGCCUCACAUCUUGCUGUUUAGAAGGCCUUUACCGAAGCACUGAUUGAACAUUGAUGCUGUCUUUCUGGAACAUUCCUAGCUGAGAAUGUAGUAUUCAGUGAAUACUUGCCAACGUUCACAUUGCUGUCAGCUGUGCAUUAGCUGGAUUUUUCUCAGCAACAAGAGCUCAGUUGGAUUUUGUGGAAAAUAUUGUUGCUGUCAUGGGUUUGGAGUAUAAGGGCUAAUAUUUUCAGAUAUAACUGUAUACUACAAUACGUGCCUCUAGUAAUAUUGUUUUAUGGUAAAAUAAAGUUAUUUUGUCAUAUCAGUGCAAUAGGUAUAUCCACAGAUGUUUGGUCAUAACUGGUUUUGCAACUUGAUUCACAUACUGUUUUUUCCUUUCUCACUAUGAUCUAUAGG